CGAGGAGCGGAAUGUUCAAGUGGAUGAUCUCGGGCCACAAAGGCCACAAGCACAAACAAGACAAGCUGAACAACGCCGUCAAUAACAAGAACAAGAACAACCUCAAACAACAACAGCAGCAGAACAAUCAUAACAGCAGUAGCACAGCGGGGAACGGUCUGCAGCACGAACAGUCCAGCGGAGAACAGCAGCUGCACAUAUCCGAGUCGAAUAACAGCAGCGCUUAUAACAACCACGUGAACAGCACGCAAGAACAGUCGUCAGCAGAACACGUGAACAGCGUCGGCGGCGGAGACAUCAAUCAGAACGUGGAAAAAUGCGACAACGUGGCCAACACUAACGGAUUGUCAGGCGGCCUGGACAGCGACACGCCCCCUCCGCUGCCGUCGUCCCGCCCACCCCCGCCCCCGUCGCACCCGCCGCCGCCCGUGCCCCCCCACAGCUCAGCCCUGCAGUCCUUGUCGCAGCACCCGCAGCCGCCCCUGCCGCCCGUGCCCGGCCAGGAGGAGCAGCGCCCCCUGCAGGCUCCGGGGACGUGCACGCUGCCCCGGCGAGGCUUCACGAGAGAGGAGCCCGGCGCCCGCUUCCGCUCGCCCUCCAACCCUCCCCCCGCCUCCAGGCAGCCCUACCAGCCCCCGCCUCAGCACCAGCCCCCGCCCUACGCCCGCCACCAGCCCCCCGACCCCGCCACCAGCAGGCGGUCGAGCCGGGGCCCUUACCAGCCGCCGCCGCCGCCCAAGAUAGACGCGCGGGAGCCCCGGGAGGGGCGCGAGCGGGAGAUAAGGGACCCCAGGGACCCCAGGGACCCCAGGGACCCCAGGGACCCCAGGGACCCCAGGGAUUCCAGGGACCCCAGGGACCCCAGGGACCCCAGGGACCAUAGGGACGCCAGGGACGCCGGCGAACUCCAGUGGGACGCGAGGGACUUCCGCGGCCAGCAGGACGCCCGCGACCACUCGCAGGACGGACACAACUUCCGAGACAUCCGCGAGUCGUGGGAGCGCAGGAACACGAAGGAAUUCCCCCGCGACGAGAGGGCCGAGGACGCCAAGACCGCGUCCCUCCCGCGGGGGGCCUACGAGGCGUGGCAUUGGCCCUCCAGGGAGCUCGACUCGGGCUUCGACUCGCUCACUCCCCCCGGCGCAGGCGACGGCGGGGGGCCGCGCUCGCUGGACUCCCUCGGGGGUCGCGGCGGCCGCGGGGCGUGCCCUCACCCUGCCGACGAGGCCACGUACUCCCAGUCCACCGAGGACCUCCUCAACGCCUCCAGGACGUCGCCGGUGUCCAUCGCCUCCGCCGCCACCUCCUCCUCGUCCUCGUCCUCGUCCUCCUCCCCCUCCCCCGUGCAGUACCCGACGAUCCGGCCGGCGAAGCAGCCCUGCGUCGCCCCCGCGCGCGCCCACGGUUCGCCGCACACCUCCCCCGGGGGAGCCUCGCCGCUCAGCCUCGGGGGACCGCAGCACCACUCCACGCCCCUCGGCCCACCGAGGGCGCCGUCCCCCGAGGAGGCCCUCCUCUCCGACAGCGUGUACCCGGACGCGCAGCCGCGCUACGCCGAGAUUCCCGACGCUAGCGCUCGCGGCAAGGACGACCGCGGGGGCAACAGAAUGUCACGUGACCUGAGAGAGCACAGAGACCCGAGGGACGCCCGGGAGUCGCGGAAGGACCUGAGGGAGUCGCAGGAAGCGAGGACCUCGAGAGAGAACCUGAGGCUGAGGGGCUUCAGAGAGACGAGCCUGCCUAGGGACUUCAGGGACUCCCGCGACCAAAGGGGGAGCUACAUGGAGGUGCGGGACGACAGGGGUUUCCGCGAGCUCUCCGUCGACGACACAGACGACCUCGACGACGACCUGGAGCCUCGUCUGCAAGAGAGGCUACGCGGCCGCAGGGACUCUCGCCAGUACGCGAGCGAGCGCGGCGUCGACCCCGCCAAGGAGGCGAGGGUCAACCGCGGCGACGCCCUGCGCGUGAGGGACAUGCCCGCCGCCUCCGCCUACGAGCGCAGGGACAGGAACGCUGACGGCGCCGACGGCCUCCAGGUGGUGGACGAGCACCGGGGGCAGAGGCCUCCCUCCGCCCGAGCUGAGCCGGAGAGGAGAGGGGACGGCUGCCCCUCCACCUCGUCCUCAGUGUCGUGGAUGGAGUGGACGCAGCAGCUGCAGGCUUACGUGGCUUGGGUGAACUCUCAACUUCGGAAACGAGGUCGACCGCUUAUAUCCGACCUGCGACGUGACCUUCAGAGUGGAGUUGUAUUUGCGGACCUUAUCGAAAUCAUCUCCGGCGAGCACGUAGCGGGGGUGGCAAGGGCCGUGGACUCUCCCCAGGUCAUGCGCGAGAACUUGGACCGUGUUCUGCAGUUCAUGGCCGCCAAGAGGAUCCGCAUGACGCACAUCACCAGUAAGGAGGUUGUGGAAGGCAAUCUGAAAAGCGUCAUGCGCAUUAUUCUCGCUCUGGCUGCGCACUACAAGCCCCAGAGCGUCAAGGGAAACAACAACAACAACAAUAGCAACUCCUCGACGUCUUCUCAGCAUCACCAAGAAUCUUCUCCUCUGUCCUCUUCCUCCGCCGUCGUCGCCGGGCAAGCCACGACGCCCUCCGCUCCGUCAGGAAGGUCCUCGGGAGGCGCGCCGCCCCCCACCACACAUGACGUGGGCGUGGGCCCCGACGCCCCUCCCUCCUCCACGGCGCCCGAGAAGACACCCAACCUCAGUGCCAACCGGCGCAUGAUGGCUGCGGGCGCCUCGGCCGAGGACGCAGGCGGCGUUGUCGGGCUGCGCCGGCAUCCGAGUAUGACGGGGACGCCCGCAGCCGCCCGCGACUCGUCGCCUGUGUACGAAAACCUCCCGCGGAGGGUUGCGUCGAACAGGUGGGCGUACGACUCGUUGCGCGCCUCGCACAAGUUCCAGUGGGGCGGUGGGUCGUCGUCACACGCCCGCAGAGGCCCCGGCGGCGCUCCUGUCGUACCGCCCAAGCCCAGCCCGAACUUGGACGAGUCGUCGGACGACCCGCUCAACUCGUCGUUCAACGUGUCGCUCAAUACGUCGCUCAACACGUCAAUGGAGGGCGACGCGGAGGCCUCGUCCCCGCGCCGCGACUCCUCCGGCUCCCGCGGCAGCAACACGCGGCCCGCGGCGCUCAACUUCUGGCAGGACCUCUCCAGGAAGGACGCCAACUUCCAGCCGCCGCCCGAAGCCCUCGCCGCGCCCGGGGCCCCACAGAAGCAGGCUCCGGCCGCCGACGAUAGCGACAACCCCUUCAGGUACCACACCAUCCAUCGCAUGAGCGGCCGCAGGAAACUCCCGCAGAUCCCCGGCGCCGCAGCGGGUCCCAGCAGCAGCAGCAGCCGCGUGACCACCCCGCAGGAGACCCAGGACAGCCCACGAGACUACCUGGGCGACGAGAGAGGCGGCGGGAUGACGACAACGACGACGACGACGACUGACGAAGGGUCGCGAGAACCCGAAGGACGGAGCCAGAACUCGUCGCCGGCCACGAGUCUCGUCCGGGAGGCCACGCUGGACCAGUGGCCGCGGGAGAAGGGCUCGCUCGACCCCUGGGAGCAGGAGGAUCUCAAGGGCGUCCUCAGGGACCUCAACACGACGCGCGACCAACUCCUGGCGCUGCAGAACUUGCCCCAAGGCGUUAUUGCAGCUGCAGACCCCGGCCGAGGUCGAGAGCCGGGGUGUCAGCACCUCCAAGAGCAGCCCUAUCACCGCCAUCAGCGCCGUCGUCAGCCCCGCGUCAGUCCAAAUCAGGACAAGAGUAGCAGCAAGGCGGACGGAACCUCGAGGGAAAACCCGAGCAAGGACAACAAAGACAAGAUCGCGAAAGACAGGCACAGAGACAGCUCAGCAACAGGUCACAAGAGCAGGUCCCACCACGGCUCCACGAGAAGGCACUCUCGACAGGAGUUGGACCCUUCGUCGAGGAGCAGCCAUGCCCCGAGGAAUGCGGAAAAUAAGGACGGAGGGUCGGCGGCAGUCAAGCAGGAGCUCCUUCACCUGUCGCUCGCUCGCCAGGCCCUCGAGGCCGAGAAGGGAGAUCUGUCGCGACUUUUGGAACAGCGAGAAGGAAUCAUAACCGAACUGAGGAAGCAGAUGCACCAAAGAGACAAGACGAUACAGGCUCAGCGAGUCCAGUUCGAGGAAGCUUUGAGGAACAGCCAGCAGAACGGGAAACGAGACAGUUCCGCCGCCCGAAUGGCCAUGUCAGGCGGAGCGCGAGAAGAAUUGCAGUUGGUACGGGAUGCCAUUUCGUCUCUCCGGAGUAAUUUCAGAGAGACGGACCCCAACCAGCACACACUCGACACCCUGGAGCAGGCCAUAGCGGUGCUGAUAGAGCGAGCAGGAACUGGUAUCAGCGGAGGCGUGAAUGGCGUCGCGGCUGACAAAUCGUCGAGGCCGCCAGGUCACGACAAACGGCCUGUCAACGGCAUGAUCGACUCGUCAACCAAGGUUAUCUACUUCACCGAGCGGACUGUGACCCCUUUUAUGUCCACGAUAAACAGACGACUUGGAGACAUUAGACUGCGGGACUUCAAGAGCAUGUUUGACAGGCCGGGUUUAUUCCGGUUCCACUUCAAGAGCCAUGACCCCGAGUACGGGAUGGUGAAGGAGGAGAUCUUCAACGACGACGACAUCCUGCCUGGAGUGGAUGGGAAGAUCAUAGCCUGGGUGGAGGAGGACACCGAGUGAGGGCGAGGUACACUUUCUUGUAUGAAGAAGGACUCACGGAUUUGUAAAAUGGGUCAAAUCGUGGUACACUUUGCCCUCCGCUCGUUCGAUUUUUAAUUUUUUUUUUUUGGUUUCGCGUCACGUACUCCUUUGCGAAAUGAUGAAGGACCUUUUUUUUUUUUUUUUUUUAUUUGGUUUGGUUUGGUCUAGGAUUGGUCAUCCUUAAGUUGAUGUGCUUCCUGGACCGUAGCCAGGACUCGAACCCUUGCCAGGACUCGAACCCAUUUCGGCCAACUGAUUUAUUUAUUAUUUCUUGUAUCUUCAUUUUUCCCGCUCGCUCAUCCCCCCCAAAAAAAGAAUCUUUGGCUCCCCAUUUUAACGCAGUUUUAGUUUGGAGUUGAAAGGUUUAUUGUUCACGUUGAUUAAUUUCGGUUUAGAUUUAUUUAAAAAAAAAGAAAAAUCGUUGAAUUCUCGCUGCAAAAGAAAGUUAAUAUUUACUUGCAUGAAGAAAGCUCACUGAUUUUAAGAUAACGUAUUUAUUUCAUUCAUCAGUGUAAGCUCCGGUUGACGGUUGCAAUACGUUUACGAGGAGAAAAUCGCAUUCGUAAUUAUAAAGAUACAUGUUUUAUGAAGAUAAUAUUGCUGAUAGAUAUUUUCUUCAUAUUAUUUGAUAGAGGAAAUUGUGGUUGACUGUCGAGAGUUAGAUCUGGACCAACUAACUGCUGGUUGACUGUCGACUUGCUUGUUCUCCAACGAAAGGAGUCUCUUUAACGUGAAAAGUAAUUAAUGUUUCACUCUUGAGGGAAUUAUUAUACGAAGAACAUACCGAUUUGUGAGUUCUGCAGUGCUGUUCAGCGGUGAAAGCUGGGACUGAAUGUCCAGAUAGAAAAAGAUACAAAAAACGGACUUGCUGAUAUUGGCAUUUCCAUUCUGUGAAAAAGAUUAAUGCAAAGAAACCAAGCUGCAAUCUGUUUACAUUUAGGAAGAGAAACAUUCUCUUGUUUUUUUUUUUGCAGUUAAGAAAAAAAAAAAAAAUGGUAUCAAGACAAGUACCUGGAGUCUUCUGAAGAUAGACGCGAAGAAGCAAAUCAGCUGAAAGUCCUGUUGCCACACCACAAAUACCUGUUCCUGGGUUAACUGAGAGAUCGUGUGUAUGCAUUUUAAUCGGUCGAUUCACGGAUUUGUUAAUCAAUAUGUUUGUCGUUUAAAAAGACAUGUGUAUACACCUUAAGCCUUUAUUUAUAGUUCUCUUUCCUUAAGGAUAUUAACUUUUAUCCUUUGUUAACUGCAUUUGAAUGUGCAAGGCAAUGUAUUACUUACAAAUAAGGGUAUGUUGUUAUGUGUUAAGUGCAAUAAAUUGUACAAGUUAAUAAUUUUAAAUAUGUUAAUGAUGAUAGUUGGAUUAGAUUUUGUCAGCCGCAUUUGAAUGAAUAAUUUAUAUUAAAAAAGUUAAAAUUAGUAUGAGACUGAUGGCUAUGCAGUCACUGUAUAUAUACAAGUAUUAUAGUAGGUUUAUGUGAGGAAAUUUAUGGAAAAGAGAGAGAGAAAAAAAAAACAUGAUAGACAUGGUAGAACUUCCAAAAAACCAAAGAUUAAUACACUAAUUAGUUUAAAGACAAUUCCUAUGUGUUGUUUUUACUACGGCUGACUGUCCCAAAGAUUGACAAAAAAAAAAAAAAGCAUUUUGUUCUCAACAAAUAUGCACUAUUUGGGGAGAAUCUCAACUAGCAUAUAAGGUUAUACUGAACUGUAAUUAGCUAUUGUUGUAAGCCUGAUUGUUAACUAGCCUCUGACGCUGUACAUAUUUCGUUUUGAAUUGGUUCUUAGAGGUCAUAGUAAAAGAAGCAAAAUGAAAAUUGGAAAGAAAAGAAAAGAAAAGAAGAGGGAGAAAAAAAUAAAGAUAGAAAUACCGUCAAAAUAUGAUGAAGAGAAAAAAAAUGAAAGGUGGUAUCUAUAUAUAUCGCUUUGCUGUCUGUAUAUUUAUAUUAUAAAGUAUAUGGAAGGAUAUAUAUACAUAUAUAUAUAUAUUGUAAUGGGGUCUUUGUGAGACUAUGUGGUGUGAUUUCGGCUGCAUUUUUCUUUGUAAAUAUUUUUGUAUUAUUUCUUAGAAAUAAAUGUAUAAAGGCA